UCUGCUUACAUGUUCUAUUUGUGUUUGUGUUUGGCAUAUUCUCCGUAUUAGGAACGGAAACAGCGUUCGGCGUUGUUUCCUACCACGCAAGCGGACUAUUGAAAAUCAGUGGUUACCGUGUGAAAACCACAGUUGAGAAUCAGGCGAAAUCAGUUAAGUCGAAUCUAAUAAACAUUCGUCCAGCUACAGAACUACACCUGCGUGCUAUCGAAAUGUGCGACACUAUUAUAGAUGACUUAGCAAUGUCGUAUACGUUCACAAUAUCAGCUGUUGUCGUUUCCUUCGCUCUGAAUUUGUGCCGUGUUUUUUCCGUGGUCACGGAAGGAAAUAAACUGGACGAAGCAGUAGUUCCUACGUUAAUUCUGAUAGCACACUUUAUAUUGGCGUUCAUGACUAAUCACUGUGGACAGGUAGUGAUUGAUACUAGUACUGAGGUUUCUCGAGACAUAUACAAUGCAUUAUGGUACUACGUGCCAGUGAAAUCGCAGAAGUUGCUACUGUUCCUUAUGAUGAAGACUUCGGACGUAUUGCAAAUUGAUAUCGCCGGUUUGUACAUCGCAGGUUACGAAGGAUUUUCGAUGAUGCUCAGUUCCUCAUUUUCAUAUUUCACAGUUCUUUAUUCGACCCGUUCGUAAAUUAUGAAACAUCUCUUGAGACAGUAACUAUCAUAGUACCU